CAGGACCCUGCAUUCACUAUAUCUGGUCUCCCACAGACCCUGCAUUCACUAUAUCUGGUCUCCCACAGACCCUGCAUUCACUAUAUUUGGUUUCCCACAGUACACAGAACAUGGAAAUGCAAUUAUUUUAGUAAAUAUAAAUUGCUAAAUACCUUUUCUCAUCAGCAGUAUAUAGCAGUCUUGUGACUUCUAUCAGUGUUCAGCAGAGCACUGGUUAAAGCUUGUAGGAGGAGUUUUCAUUCUGCUCUAG